UCUUAGCCGGGGAAACCCAGAGACCGGCCAGUGAGCCCCUGGGGAGGCCUAGGGCAGCUUUGUUCCUGGACAGCACAGGCUGGAGAGGGCUGUGGCUUCUCCCUGAGGACCCGCUUGGCCCUUUUCUGCUUUGCCCUCUCUCACACACUUGCCAUUCUUCUCUGUAACUUUCAGCUUUUCCCUCCAACUGCUGCCUUGAAAGCUAGCUCUGUUUCUGGACCCAUGGUCUAGGGGAAGACUCCCACAUUUUAGGACUUCUUUCAGUGGCAGGCAGGGUGUCUGUAUGCUACAGGGGAAUCCCAGAAGGGGACUGCCUGAGACUGGGAUCUUCCCUGAACCCUGCUUCCAGUAGUUCUGAUCCCAGGACACAAGCCCAGGCUGGAUCCCUUGAACAUCAUCCUAGCAGCAGCCCCCACCACUGCCAUUGCCAAGCAACCAGGCUCUGGACUAGCAAUUGCUCUGCCCUUCAAGCCACAGGAAAUGCUCCACUAGACCUCUUCCUGACCAAGAUAUGCCUGUCUUCACGAGCAGGAGAGCCAUGGCUGUCCCCAGAGGGAAUCCUUUGGCCUGUCUUCUGUGGAUUCUACUGCUCUGGGGAGGGGAUGGUGGCUGCCAGGCCCAACGUGCAGGUUGCAAAAGUGUGCAGUAUGAUCUGGUCUUCCUCCUGGACACGUCUUCUAGUGUGGGCAAGGAGGACUUUGAGAAAGUCCGCCAGUGGGUAGCCAACCUGGUAGACACCUUUGAGGUGGGCCCUGGCCACACCCGUGUGGGGGUUGUGCGCUACAGUGACCGGCCCACUACAGCCUUUGAACUGGGCCACUUCAACUCUCGCGAGGAGGUGAAGGCAGCUGCGCGGCGCAUCACCUACCAUGGCGGUAACACGAACACGGGUGACGCCCUGCGUUAUAUCACCAGCCGCAGCUUCUCCGCCCAGGCCGGCGGCAGACCUGGGAAUCGUGCCUUCAAGCAGGUGGCCAUCCUGUUGACUGAUGGUCGUAGCCAAGACCUGGUGCUGGAUGCUGCAGCAGCUGCCCAUGCAGCCGGCAUCCGCAUUUUUGCUGUUGGUGUGGGUGCAGCAUUGAAGGAGGAACUGGAUGAGAUUGCCUCAGAACCCAAGUCUGCGCAUGUCUUCCAUGUUUCCGACUUCAAUGCCAUUGACAAGAUCCGUGGCAAGCUGAGGCGUCGGCUUUGUGAAAAUGUGCUCUGCCCAAGUGUCCGGGUAGAAGGAGAUCGGUUUAAACAUACCAAUGGAGGAACCAAGGAAAUUACAGGUUUUGACUUGAUGGAUUUGUUCAGUGUGAAGGAAAUCUUGGGGAAGAGAGAAAACGGAGCCCAGAGUUCCUAUGUACGGAUGGGUUCCUUCCCUGUGGUGCAGAGAACUGAAGAUGUGUUUCCCCAAGGUCUUCCUGAUGAGUAUGCCUUUGUCACAACUUUCCGGUUCCGGAAAACAUCACGGAAAGAAGAUUGGUACAUCUGGCAAGUCAUUGACCAGUAUGGCAUCCCACAGGUCUCUAUCCGGCUGGAUGGUGAGAACAAGGCAGUUGAGUACAACGCUGUGGGUGCCAUGAAGGAUGCUGUCCGGGUGGUCUUCCGAGGCCCCCGAGUUGAUGACCUCUUUGACCGUGACUGGCACAAGAUGGCUCUAAGCAUCCAGGCCCAGAAUGUGUCCCUCUACAUUGACUGUUUGCUGGUUCAGACGCUGCCUAUUGAGGAGAGGGAGAAUAUCGACAUCCAGGGCAAGACUGUGAUUGGCAAACGUCUCUAUGACAGCGUUCCCAUUGAUUUUGACCUGCAGCGGAUUGUGAUUUACUGUGACUCGAGACAUGCAGAACUGGAGACUUGCUGUGACAUCCCGUUGGGUCCGUGUCAGGUGACUGUGGUGACAGAGCCGCCACCUGCGCCUCCACAGCUGCCCACCCCUGGGAGCGAACAGAUCGGGUUCUUGAAGACCAUCAACUGCUCAUGCCCUCCUGGAGAAAAGGGUGAGAGGGGCUUUGCUGGCCCUCUGGGACUCCCUGGUCAGAAGGGAGAUGCAGGACCCAUUGGACUAAUGGGUGCUCCUGGACCCAAGGGAGAAAAAGGAGACAGUGGACGAGGACCAUUCAUCCAUGGGGAAAAGGGUGAGAAGGGAUCCCUGGGCCCACCUGGGCCCCCUGGAAGAGACGGCAGUAAAGGCAUGAGAGGAGAGCCAGGAGAGCUAGGAGAGCCAGGGCUGCCUGGAGAAGUGGGCAUGAGGGGGCCCCAGGGACCUCCUGGACUACCAGGGCCUGCUGGGCCAGUUGGAGCUCCAGGUCUUCGAGGAGAACGAGGUGAAAGGGGGCCUCCAGGAGAAAAGGGGGAGCGAGGCCUGGAUGGAUUCCCUGGGAAGCCUGGAGAGACUGGAGAGCAGGGAAGACCUGGGCCUCCUGGUGUGGCAGGACUGCAGGGAGAGAAGGGAGAUGUGGGGCCUGCAGGACCCCCUGGUGUGCCAGGCUCUGUGGUGCAGAGGGAAGGCCUGAAGGGAGAGCAGGGAGCCCCCGGACCAAGAGGUCACCAAGGCCUACCUGGGCCUCCAGGAGCACCUGGUUUGAUUGGCCCAGAAGGCAGAGAUGGACCCCCGGGGCCUCCAGGUCUCCGAGGGAAGAAAGGAGAAAUGGGUCCCCCAGGAACCCCUGGAGCACUGGGGCCACAGGGCCCGCCUGGACCACCCGGUGUUCCAGGGCCCCCUGGACCUGGAGGACCCCCGGGUUUACCUGGCGAGCUCGGCUUCCCGGGAAAACCUGGGCCUGCUGGGCAUGCGGGGACACCUGGAAAGGAUGGGCUGAAUGGACCACCAGGCCUUCCUGGCUCCAAGGGAGAACCAGGAGACUCUGGCGAAAGUGGCGUACCUGGAAUGCCAGGACCUCGGGGUGAAGUUGGGGAGCGGGGCCUUGCAGGUCAUCCUGGUGAGAAGGGAGAAGUUGGCCUUCCGGGUGCUCCAGGCUUCCCAGGAGUACAUGGAGAGAAAGGAGACCAGGGAGAAAAAGGUGAACUGGGACUUCCAGGUCUGAAAGGUGCCCGAGGAGAAAAGGGUGAGGUUGGUCCAGCAGGUCCCCCUGGCUUACCUGGAAGUCCAUCAGUGUUCACACCACACCCAAGAAUGCCAGGAGAGCAAGGGCCUAAAGGAGAGAAAGGUGAUCCUGGCGAGCCUGGAGCCCUGGGACCACAGGGCCAUCCUGGAGAAUUGGGUCCUCGGGGACCCAUUGGACCUCCGGGUGCCAAGGGGCAUGAUGGUGCACAAGGACCUCCUGGAGCAGCUGGAAACCCUGGUGCUCCAGGACCUGCAGGACCCCCUGGUCUCAGUGGACCCCCUGGAAGUUUGGGUUCUCCUGGUGUCAGGGGUGCCCCUGGGAAAGAUGGGGAGCGUGGAGAGAAGGGAACAGCAGGGGAAGAAGGCAGCCCAGGGCCAGCUGGUCCACGGGGAGAUCCUGGUGCUCCUGGUCUCCCAGGGCCACCAGGAAAGGGCAAGGAUGGGGAGCCGGGACUACGUGGACCACCUGGGUUACCUGGUCCCUUAGGAAUCAAGGGUGACCGAGGAACACCUGGGAUUCCUGGCUCUCCUGGCAGCCGUGGUGACCCAGGCAUUGGGGUUGCUGGUCCACCUGGUCCCUCAGGACGACCAGGAGAUAAAGGACCCCCGGGAUCUCGAGGCUUACCUGGAUUCCCCGGCCCCCAGGGACCAGCUGGCCAGGAUGGUGCACCAGGAAACCCAGGAGAAAGAGGGCCUCCUGGAAAACCAGGCCCUUCUUCACUGCUGUCUCCAGAGGACAUAAAUCUCUUAGUAAAGGAUGUGUGCAACGACUGCCCUCCUGGUCCCCCAGGCCUCCCAGGUCUGCCAGGUUUCAAAGGGGACAAGGGUCUUCCAGGAAAACAAGGGAGAGAGGGGACAGAAGGCAAAAAGGGAGAUACCGGGCCUCCAGGCCCCCCUGGGCCUCCAGGAGUAGCUGGACCACAGGGAAGCCAAGGAGAACGUGGUGCAGAGGGUGAGGUGGGACAGAAAGGUGAACAGGGUCACCCUGGAGUUCCAGGCUUCAUGGGCCCACCGGGGAAUCCUGGGCCACCAGGAGCAGAUGGGAAUGCAGGUGUGGCGGGGCCACCAGGACCUCAAGGGCCUCAGGGCAAAGAAGGCCCUCCUGGUCCCCAAGGUCCAUCUGGCAUCCCAGGAGUCCCAGGAGAAGAAGGCAAGCAGGGCAGAGAUGGAAAGCCAGGUCCCCCUGGAGAACCGGGCAAGACAGGAGAGCCAGGCCUAUCAGGAGCAGAGGGAGCCAGAGGUCCACCGGGCUUCAAGGGACACACAGGUGAUCCUGGCCCACCUGGUCUGAGGGGAGAACCUGGCAUAGCAGGACCCUCUGGAAGGGAUGGAUCACCAGGAAAAGAUGGUGACACUGGACCUGCUGGACCACAGGGUCCCAGAGGAACAAGGGGACCACCGGGCAGCAGUGGAUCACCUGGAUCUCCAGGAGACCCUGGCCGUCCGGGAGCCCUAGGCCAGAAGGGAAACAAAGGAGAAAGUGGCAGCCCAGGACUUCCAGGGUUUCAGGGUCCUCGUGGACCUCCAGGAGAAGCAGGAGAGGUAGGAGCUCCAGGAAAGGAGGGUGCUCCUGGGAAGCCUGGAGAGCCAGGAUCCAAAGGCGAGAGGGGAGACCCUGGGAUCAAAGGUGACAAAGGACCACCAGGUGGGAAGGGUCAGCCUGGAGACCCUGGAACCCCAGGCCACAAGGGUCAUACUGGCCUAAUGGGUCCCCAAGGACAACCAGGAGAGAGUGGCCCUCCUGGGCCCCCAGGGCCACCUGGCCAGCCAGGAUUUCCAGGACUGAGGGGGGAGUCUCCAUCCAUGGACACCUUACGGCGCCUCAUUCAGGAAGAGCUUGGGAAGCAGCUAGAAGCUAAACUUGCCUACCUCCUAGCCCAGAUGCCUCCAGCACACAUGAAGUCCUCUCAAGGCAGACCCGGACCUCCUGGACCCCCUGGAAAAGAUGGGCUGCCAGGUCGGACAGGCCCCAUGGGUGAGCCAGGCCGUCCUGGCCAAGGUGGUCUGGAAGGACCCUCUGGACCAAUGGGCCCCAAAGGUGAAAGAGGAGCCAAAGGUGACCCUGGCACACCUGGAGUUGGUCUCCGAGGAGAGAUGGGUCCUCCUGGAAUACCAGGCCAACCUGGGGAACCUGGAUACGCUAAAGAUGGACUUCCAGGAAGCCCUGGUCCUCAAGGAGAGACAGGACUAGCUGGACAUCCUGGCCCUCCUGGUCCUCCUGGCCCACCUGGCCUGUGUGACCCCUCCCAGUGUGCGUACUUUGCCAGCCUUGCUGCCCGGCCAAGUAAUGUGAAGGGCCCAUAGAAGAUUCUAGAUCAUCAAAACACUACUAUGGAUUUCUGAAACUUGAACUCGGAGCCCAUUGGGAAGCCAGAAGCCUUGAAACAUUUCAAAUCCUUCUUCUCUCUCCCCUUCCUACUUCCCGCCUUUUCUUCCUGCUUCCCCUCUUUCUAGUCUUUUCUCCUUGCCUGCCUUAAUUGUCUUUUCCCGUCCUCAGAGACCUCACAGUUAUUAAAACCAACAGAUACUGUCAGACAGUCAGGUUAUUAUUAAUAUUAUUGUUAUUGUUUGCUGUUAUUUCAAAGGCUAAUAGUUUUGAGGGAGCUUCCUGGUGGACAGGAAGCAGUUUCCUGGCUCAGCUCCCCUGUCAUCACUGGCUGAAGUGUGACAGCCAAUUUCUGAGGAACCCUCGGUGCUAUGCAACCCUGACCAUGUAUGCACUUGUUGAUUUUACCUCUUUCCUGGAAAGGAAGCUUUAAGGGAUGGAGACUGUAUUGUUGUUUCCUCAGCUGUGCCUAAAGAUGGCCCAGGGAAAAGUAAGUUUGAAAUCCCCACCUCUCCAGAGAGACUUGAAGCAAGAAGAAGAAUUUGCAGCCUAAAAGAAUUCAUUGACCUCUGGAGACAAGGUGCACAUCUGGAGUUCAGAACUGCCUCAGGGCAUUGGGGGGAAGGUGGUUAUCCUUGGUGCUUCAGGCUACCAGAACUCCAAAAGAAGUCACAUAGUAUUGGCAGUAGCUUGUGUCAGGGCCCUCUAUGAACAAGCUGGUGCUGAAGAAGAGUUCCCAGGUGUGACUUCACUUCUAACUGUGGCCUGAACCCCUUCAAGUUCCUCAUGCUGGUUUCAAUUGUGUGAGUUGCAAAAUAAAAGUUUUCAAUGGUCACUUGCUUGACUUACUUGUGGGUGGUUCACUACCAUGUACAUUGGGACCUGUGUCAGUCAUGCCUUUGUGUGUGUGUGUGUGUGUGUGUGUGUGUGUGUGUGUGUGUGUGUCUGUGUGUGUUCUGUACACACACCAUGAACAGGUGAUUACUAAAUGUAUUUCCCUUUCCAUUGCUCCUGGGUGUUCAUUCAUUUCUGUUCUCUAGCCUCUCCUGGGCACUAGGUGAGCCUUCUUUGAACUGCAAUACUGUGUCUUAACUGUUCUCUUCAGAUGUUCAUCACCAUGCCCUUUGAGGAUGCAUUCAAAUGUUUUGGCAUAUGGAAAGAAAUCCUUUCGGCAUGCUCAGGAACCACUGCAGACAGGGUCUGUUGCAAAUUGGAAAGCUGACUUCCUUAGGAGGAUUCCUGUGGACGCAUGUCCUUACCUGCAGUCUGAACAAAUCACCCUUGUUGAUGUUCUCCACUUGGCUGAAGACACCGACUGAUGGAUGGACGGAUGAAGCUGUCCAUUAAUAAGAUGCUUUAGUUAGGGUUUCAAUUGCUGUGAUAAAACACUUGACCAAAGGCAAGUCGUGGAGAGAGGGGUUUAAUUCAGCUUACAACUCUCAGUUCACACUCAAUCACGGAGGGAACUCAAAGCAAGAACCUGGAGGCAGGAGCUGAAGUAGAAGCCAUGGAGGAAUGCUGCUUACAGGGUUUCUCUCUAUGUCUUGCUCAAGCUGUUUUCUUAUUCCAUCAAAGACUGCUUGCCCAAGGAGGGGACCUCCCCCAAGGAGCUGGACUUACCCACAUCAAUUAUUAAUCAAGAAGUUGUACUACACAAUGGCUACAGGCCUGUCUUUUUUUUUUCAAUUUUUAUUAGAUAUUUUCUUCAUUUACAUUUCAAAUGCUAUCCCAUAAGCCCCUAUACCCUCCCCCUGCCCUGCUCCCCUACCCACCCUCUCCCACUUCUUGGCCCUGGCGUUCCCCUGUACUGGGGCAUAUAAAGUUUAUAAGACCAAGAGGUCUCUCUUCCCACUGAUGGCCGACUAGGCCAUUCUUCUGCUACAUAUGCAGCUGGGGACACGAGCUCUGGGGGUACUGGUUAGUUCAUAUUGUUGUUCCACCUAUAGGGUUGUGGACCCCUUCAGCAUCUUGGGUACUUUCUCUAGCUCCUCCACUGGGGGCCCUGUGUUCCAUCCAAUAGAUGACUAUGAGCAUCCACUUCUGUAUUUGCCAGGUACUGGCAUAGCCUCACAAGAGAGAGCUAUAUCAGGGUCCUGUCUCUCAAUUGAGAUUCCCUCUUCUCAAAUGACUCUAGUUUGUGUCAAAUGGACAUAAAAUUAACCAACACACAUGUCCACUCCUCCAAGUGACUGGUUCCUCACAAAGUUAAACAGCAUUAGUUCACCAAGAUACUCUAUUUUGCCUCUUGAUUUAGACACUUUGAAUUGGUUUAGGAACCAGAAAUAUAAGCAUCCAAAGAAGGCUUAAAGAUUGAUUAGGAAGAGAAAUAUUACUUUAGUGAUUUUAAAUUAAGAUCCAAGAUCUAUUCCUUCUAUUAGGCAAGUUGGUACUGGUGCAGAAAAGUUGAUUUGGUAGGGUUGAGGUAGGCAGCAUCCAUCUGUGCAGGAGAGGUUUUCUCUGGAGCCUCCUUGAUAUCUACUAGCUCAGUUGUCUUCAACACAAUGUAAGAUGCCAAAGUAAUGUAAUAUUUUUGUUUGAAGGAAUAUCAAGAACUCAGAACUCUCUUCUAGUGAUCAUGACCCAGAACAAGAGUCACAUGUAGUGUGUGUGUGUGUGUGUGUGUGUGUGUGUGUGUGUGAAUGCCAAGAAUUUGGGGAUAAAAUAUUUACCCUGACAAAACAUGGCACCCUUUAACAUUUAUUUUUAUUUUAUUUUAUUGUUAAGAGAAAUACAUUUAGGGGAGUUUUUACUCCACUGAAAAAUUAAGGACAAAGUGUAAUUUCCUAUGUAUUCCUAGUCCCCCUAUCAAAACUGCACUGUAGGAUACACGUGUGCUAUAGUUGAUGGACCUAGACUCUUAGUAACUGUAACUCACACCUUAUAUUUUGGUUCAUUGUUGUACUCUGGGUUUGGUCUGAAGUACAGUGACAUUUACCCACCAGUAUAGGUUCACAGAGAAACUUCAUUGUCUCAAAAAACCUGUUGUACUCUACCACAUCAUUCCUAUAUUCUCCCUAACCCCAAUAAUGAUGGUUUUUAUACCUUUCCUGUAGUUUUGCUUUUCCCAGAAUGUCAUAGUUAGGGUCCUAUAAAUUUAAGUCUUUUCAAACUACCUUCUUUUGCUUAGAAAUAUACAUUUAACAUUCUUCUAUGACUUUUGUGGCUAGGUGACUCAUUUAUCUUUAUUGCUGAAUAAUAUUCCAUUGAUUAUAGUUGCCAUAGCUUUUAUAUCAACUCUUCUACUGACUGCCAUCUUUGUUGAUUCCUAUUUGUAAUACUUAUAAAUAAAAUCCUUGUAAUCAUCCAUUAAUUAAAUAUGAAGGAGUGUUCUUGUUCCCAUUUUAUGUGGUCAGCAUUUUUCACCUUUGCUCUGUAUACUGCUUUUUUUGUUUAGCAGUUCCCUGAUGACAUAGAGGGGCAAGCAUCUUUGUCCAUUCCCAUGUAUUAUGUUUUCUUUAACAAGAUGACUGUUCAUAGAAUUUUGCCAUUAAAAAAAAACCUGUUUUUCUUAUUGUA